CAAAAGUCAAUUUUCUAGCUUCUCUGUGAAAAGUUGUUGUCGAAAAUAAAUUAAUUUACUCAUUAAUUGAAUAUAGAACGUCUUAUAAUCCUUAUAGACCAGUUACUUAGACUGUUUCGAGUGCAUUAAACGUGAUAAAAAUGUCAGUAGCUUAUUCACCAAGUCAAAAUCAGCCGCAAAAUCGUGGACCUCAACAACGAGAUCCGCAACAACAGCAACAGCAACAACAACAAAGACCUGGACCACCACCAAAUUCAGCGCAAAUACAGAAAAUUCUUGAUGAAAAUUGCUCAUUGAUACAGACAAUCCAGGAUUAUCAGAAUAUGGGAAAAGCGCAAGAAUGUAUGUCUCAUCAGCAAGCUCUUCAUCGUAAUCUCGUGUAUUUAGCAUCAUUAGCCGAUUCUACGCAAAACAUGUCUCAACUCUUGCCUCCACCUCAUAUAUUACAACAAGGAGGUCCGAUGCCACCAAUGAAUGAAUCACAGCCUAAUUAUAAUGGACCGCCUAUGCAACCAAUGAUUCCACAACAGCAAAUGCCACAAUCUGGUCCGAAUCCUCAAAUUCCAUCAUCCCAAUCAUCCUUACAGAAUAAUUCACCUCAAAAUCCUCAAAACCGAGGAAUUCCUCAACUUCCCAACAAUAAUCCUCAAAUUCCUUCUGGUCCAGUUCCACAAAAUAAUCCAUCAGUUACGCAACCACCCACAAAUCAGCCAUAUAGAGUUCAAACCCCUGGAUCUCAACAGCCACCGUCUACACAGGCACAACCAGCACAAACCAACUCUCCACAGCCUGCUCAAAAUCGUGGCGUACCAACAGCUCAACAGAAUAAUCCAGCUGUUCCUCCCGUUGCUCCUCAACAAAAUGUUCAGCCACCAGUUCCGCAAAAUACACCUCCUCAGCAGCAACAACCUUAUCAACAAAGAGCUCCUUAUCCACAUUAUCCAGGAUAUCCACCUCAAGGUCAGCCUCCGUAUCAAGGAGGAUACAUGCCAUACCACGGCGGUCCACCAAAUCAACCUUAUCAAUCACCAACAGCUUAUCAUCAAGGUCAACCACCUUAUGGCCAAUAUCCGCAAUAUCCACCUCAACAAGGACAAUAUCCACCACCAGCAAACGGACCACCUCCUCCUAUGGGAUAUUCACCUUAUCCUGGUCCAGCGCCUGGAUAUCAAGCACAAAUGCCACCAAAUCAACCGUAUGCUCCACCUAAUCAGCCACCCUAUCAACAACCUUAUCCUUAUCCAAAUCCACCGAUAAAUGCACAACAGCCACCCCAAGUUCCAGCACAGCAACAAACACCACCUGUAACGUCAAGUGGACCAGUUCCAUCUCCAGCAAGUACUCAAGCAAACAAUCCACCAGCUACAUUCAAUACAAAUCAAGCAAGUCCACAAGCAACGUCUCCAAACCCACAGAAUCCUCAAGUUCCAAAUGCACCAAUCUCGACAACAUCAGCAGCUUCACCAUAUCCAUCACAAGGCCCUACAGUUCCAGUUCCUGCUUCAAAUGCACCGCCUACAUCUCAACCACAACAAAAUUAUCAACCACCAGUCAGUGGACAGCCUCAAAACUUCCCUCCAGUUCCAUAUUCUCCUCAAGCCGGUCCGCAAUAUCCCCCACAUCAAGGUCCAUAUCCACCAAACACUUAUCCCCCUCCUCAGCACUAUCCAGCACAAGGAUAUCCCCCACCAAUGCCAGCACAACCUUAUAAUCCAAAUUAUCCCAAUUAUCAAAGACCUCCAGCUCCAGGACAAAACUAUGGCAACUAUUAUGGACCUCCACAGUAAAGAUUAGCGUGCAUCGGAAUCGGAUUGUUUUGAAUUGACUUGACUUGACUUAUUAAUAAUUUUUUAAAAUCUUUCUUGUUUUCAUUAUGACUGGCAUUGGCAUCAAACAAUAAGCGAAACAAUGAUGCUUAAAUAAUAAUGACAAGAUGAUUAAGAUAAAAACGUUGUGUAAACUAAUUAAAAUAAUAUAAGAAUCUUUUUAAAGAAGAAACUAGGAUAAAGUUUGUAAGAUGGUCAGAACUCUUUGUUUUAGAGACUUUGUUGCUUCCAGUACAGAUUGUCAAGAAUUUGAGGAUAUUGAAGAGAUCCUUAAUUCUGGGGUUUAUCUAAAGAUUGAAAUCAACUGUACAGACAGCAAGGUAAGCAUUUGUUAUGUAAAGACACUGACCAUCCAUCAAUGAUUAUUAGAUAACUUUUCAUUUCGUAUUUUAAAAUUAAUGACUAUAAAGAAAAUGUGAGAAUUGCAACGACUUAAAGUAUUUUUUUUUGCCCUAAUUGAAUCUAUGGGAUGUCCUUUUUCAAUUAACAUGUGAAGGAUGAGAA